AAAUUCUAUUCACUGAAACAAACAUGGUACAAACAUCUCCCACCAAGCCCUCCUACACUUCCUAUAAUUGGCCAUUUACAUCUUCUAAAUGAGCCUAUCCACAGAACUGUGCAUAGCUUAUCAAAUAAGUAUGGCCCAAUCGUUUCCCUCAAAUUUGGUUUUCGCAAUGUUGUCCUCAUAUCAUCGCCAACCUUGCUCGAAGACUGCUUUAGUAAAAACGACGUUGUCUUAGCUAAUAGGCCUCGUCUUCUGGCUGGUAAAUAUCUAGACUAUAACUACACCGCAAUAGGUUCUUCCUCUUGGCCACAUUGGCGUAACCUUCGUCGCAUUUCAGCUCUUGAAAUUUUCUCAACGAAUAAACUCAACAUGUGCAUGAGCAUCAGACAAGAAGAAGUUAGAAUCUUUCUCAAGAGUCUCUUGGAAAAUUCGCGCACGAAUUUUGCAAAAGUGGAGAUGAAGUCGAGGCUUUCAGAGCUAUCAUUUAACAUUAUAAUGAGGAUGAUUUCAGGGAAGCGAUAUUUUGGAGUAGAAGUGGAAAAUUUGGAGGAGGCAAAACGCUUUCGCAAUAUUAUAAGUGAGAUUUUUGAAGUGAGUGGAUCAUCAAAUCCGGGGGACUUUCUUCCAAUCCUACAGUGGAUUGAUUUUCAGGGAGUAGAGAAGAGGAUGUUGAGAUUGAUGAAAAAAUCAGAUGAAUUUGCUCAAGGUUUGAUAGAUGAGCAUCGAAAUAACAAGGAAUCUUGCUCACAAGAACAAGGAAGGACUAAGACAAUGAUUGAUAAUAUGCUCUCUUUACAAGAAUCUGAACCUGAGAACUAUUCUGAUGAAAUCAUCAAAGGCCUCUUACUGACAAUUAUAGUUGCGGGCACAGAUACAUCAGCAGCAACAAUUGAGUGGACUAUGUCUCUUUUGCUUAACCAUCCCGAGGUACUAAAGAAGACUAGAGUCGAGGUGGACAAAAUUGUUGGUCAAAACCGAUUGGUAGACGAGUCCGAUUAUCUCAACUUGCCAUACUUGCAAAGCAUCAUAAAUGAAUCAAUGCGAUUGAAGCCAGCAGCACCACUUUUAGCACCUCACCAAUCAUCUGAUGACUGUAUUAUUGGAGGCUAUGAUAUACCGCGAGACACAAUGGUGCUAGUCAAUGCUUGGGCUAUUCAUAGAGAUCCCAAGAUGUGGGAGGACCCAACAAGUUUCAGGCCAGAGAGAUUUGAAGGUUUAGAUGCUAAUGCAUAUAAAUUGAUUCCAUUUGGGUUGGGCAGGAGGGCAUGUCCUGGAGCUAAUCUGGCAAAUAGAGUGGUGGGAUUGGCCUUGGCUUCAUUAAUUCAAUGCUUUGAAUGGAAAAGGCCCAGUGAAGAGUUAGUGGAUAUGUCUGAAGGGACAGGACUCACUAUGCCUAAAGCACAACCAUUGGAAGCCUUAUGCAAAACACGUGAAUCCAUGAUUAAUGUCUUCAAGGAGCUAUAAUUAGUGUUUGAUUGCCUUUUGUUUUUUCAAAUAAUUAUGCAGAAGAAAAUAAAUGAGUGGACUAUAAUCGUUUGAUCAUUGUACAAAUUAAUUAUCUUAUCACUUUGUUUCACUUGUGUGAUCUUCUUAGUGGGAGGCUCUACUUAAAGAGUUGUGGUCCAUUUGGUCUUAAUCUUUUUGCAAUAGUGAUGGAAUGUCGUGGGGACUUGGCUAAUCCUUUUUGUCUCUACCUGCAUUUGCUGAA